AUGGCAAUUUCUGGCUUGGCUAAUUCGGAUCAGAAAUACGAUGGUUCUUCAUUAAAAAUCGCUAUUCUGCAUGCUCGUUGGAACAAGAACAUAAUUGACGCAUUAGUCAGCGGUGCUGUGAAGACCAUGCAAAGUCUAGGAGUCAAAGAGCAGAACAUUCAUAUUGAAAGUGUUCCAGGUUCUUAUGAAUUACCAUUUGCUGCCAGUAGACUUGUUGCUAAAGCUGAAGCUAGGGGUGUGCAUUACGAUGCAAUUAUUCCAAUCGGUGUGUUGAUCAAAGGAGACAGUAUGCACUUUGAGUACAUUUGUGAAGCUGUAAGUCGUGCAUUGAUGGAAUUGCAGUUCAAGAUUAACAUUCCAGUUAUAUUUGGAAUUUUGACGUGUUUGAGUGAAAAACAAGCAUUGAUUCGUUCUGGGCUUUUUCCAGUAGCAUCUGGUCAUAACCACGGAGAAGACUUUGGCGCAGUCGCCGUGGAAAUGGCAGUUAAAUUCGGACACUAA